AUGGGAAAUAUGGGUAAACGUCACAGGACGCUCGUCAAAGAAACGGUACCGCUGCACUCGAAGCUCCUGAUAAAGUGUAACUUCGAUGAUCCUCUGUGGUACAAGAAUGGAAAACGGAUCACGGCCGACGCCAAACGCGCAAAAUCACUCAAAUUCAACUCGAUCAAAAAAUCGGAUGCCGGUUACUACUCGUGCGGUUCGGAGUUCAACGAGUGGUCAAACCUAACGCUUUCGGUGUUCAGCCAGCACGAUGCUGCCGAUCUGUAUCAGAGCGAUUCGCCGGGAAACGGCGGCAGUCCUCGGGUUGCCAAUUUGGAGAAGAAAAGUCUUCAUACCGCAGCUCACACCAGCAGUUCAAGCCCCCUGGAAAUCGUGGAUAAUGAGCUAAGUGAAGGGCCGCCAAGGUUUGUAGUGGGCCGUAGCGAUCAGGUGAUUACUGUGGCCAAGAAAGUCGGCGAUAGCCAUAAGCUGAAAUGUGAGGUGGCCGGGGAGCCCAAAUUUUCUUUGAGCUGGCUCAAGGAUGGAGAGGUCCAAUCAACGAAGAUCGGCAACAAACUGUCCCUUCACUUGGCCUCACUGGAAUUCGAGGAUGCUGGGGUUUAUGUGUGUAAGGUCUGUAAUGGAUUAGUCUGUGUGAAUUCGACUACACAUUUGGAAGUGAUGGAUGACCCCAAGGAUUCCUACAUCGAGUACAAUAAGAUGGAAAGUCACUCGCAAUUGUCCAACAGUGAAGAACCGGAAGACAAUGUUGAUGUCGAUGCUCAAUAUAAAGACUACAACGAUUCGGCUGACGACGAAGAUUUGGAAGAUGAUGAAGAGGUCGACGGUGAGUUGGAGAAGCAAUCGAGUGCCGAUGGUGAAACAACGGAUCGACAGCCUUCAGUUGUGACUACGCAUAAUAGUGAACUUCAACCUGGACCUCCGUUUUUCACGAAACAUGAGCACAUGAUCGCGCUGGUGCCCAAGCCUUCCGGCAAUAUGGUUCGCUUGAGAUGUCCAGCAGAUGGCAAUCCCAUGCCUAACAUUACCUGGACUAAGGACAACGAGAAGAUUUUCCGUAACAUGGGUGUGGUGAAGUACGCCAAGUGGUCGAUCGUGUUGGAAGAUCUGGUUCCCAAGGAUUCGGGCGCGUACACCUGCAACGUGUGCAACAGCUUCGGGUGCAUCAGCUUCACUACCAAGCUGGAAGUGAAAGAUCGUUUCCCAGCCCGGCCAUACAUAAAGGAAGGUUCUCUCACGAAUAUCACUGUUCUGGUCAAUAGCACGGCCACAUUCGAGUGUCGAACCAUUUCCGAUCUAGAGCCGCACAUUGAGUGGAUCAAGUUCCACAUCACAGAUACGAUGCAGCCGGAAAUACCAGAAAACAUUACCAAAUUGGAGCGUGACUUCGACAAUCCCGAAAUACUGACGAUCGAAAAUGUGACCCACGUGGACGAAGGUUGGUACACGUGCGUGGCAGCCAACACCCUGGGAGCGUCCUACGAGAGUGCCUACCUGUCGGUGGUCGAUGAGCUACCGGCUGACGAUGCCCCCACAGCACAUCCGGUUCGGCCCCACUCGACGCUGAUCAUGAUCAUGACCGUGGUACUGUCCGGGUGCUUCAUGGUCCUGGCCAUCAUCGUGGUCAUCGUGUGCAAGAAACUCAAGCGGGAAAAGAUGAAACACCGAGCGAUGGAGCACGUCAACCAGUGGACCAAGAAGGUGAUCGUUCUGAAACAGCCGGCCAUCGAAAACAGCAUCCCCGGGGUGACGGAGGCGAUGCAAAUGCCCAUCGUUCGCAUCGAAAAGCAGCGCUCAACCCUAGUCCAGAGUGGAAAUUGCGACCCGACCAUGAUCUCCGAGUACGAGUUUCCGAUCGAUCUGAACUGGGAAUUCCAGCGGAGCAAGCUGAUCCUGGGCAAGAGUUUGGGCGAGGGCGCCUUCGGUAAGGUCGUUAUGGCCGAGGCUCAGGGGCUAGUCAAGGGCCAGGCUUCGACGGUGGUUGCCGUGAAGAUGCUGAAAGAGGGCCAUACGGAUGCCGAUGUAAAGGAUCUUGUGUGUGAAAUGGAGGUCAUGAAGAUGAUUGGAAAACACGUGAACAUUAUUAACCUGCUGGGAUGCUGCUGCAAGGAUGGGCCCUUGUACGUGAUUGUAGAAUACGCUCCCCAUGGUAACUUGAAGGACUUCCUCCGAAGUCAUCGCUUCGGGACGGCAAACUACGACGAUAUGGUCAGUGGAGAGAAGGAGAAGAAGAUUCUCACCCAGAAGGAAUUGAUUUCAUUUGCCUAUCAAAUAGCUCGCGGUAUGGAAUAUCUUGCAUCGAGAAGGUGUAUCCAUCGUGACUUGGCUGCUCGAAAUGUGCUGGUGAGUGACGGCUAUGUGAUGAAGAUUGCGGACUUUGGUCUUGCUCGGGACAUCCACAAUCAAGAAUACUACCGAAAAACGACCACUGGCAAGCUUCCUAUCCGAUGGAUGGCCCCGGAAUCUCUUGAGGAGAAAUUCUACGACUCCCAGAGCGACGUGUGGUCCUUUGGAGUGCUUCUGUGGGAAAUAAUGACACUUGGUGGUAAUCCGUACUCUUCCAUCCCAACAUGGGACAAUUUGCUUGAGCAUCUUAAAAAGGGCAAACGAUUAGAGCAGCCGCCGCUAUGUUCGAUCGAUAUAUACAUUUUUAUGCGCGAAUGUUGGCAUUAUCGACCGGAAGAGCGGCCAACCUUCAGCGAUAUCGUUCAACAUCUGGACCGAUUGGUGAGCAUAACGUCUAACGAGGAAUACCUCGACCUGGGAUUGCCCCUGCUUGAAACACCACCCUCGAGUGACGACGAUGAGGACGAAUCCGAUGAGAAUGAAGACGACGAUGAUGAAGUAGAUGGAGGACGCCGGUGCGAACGGGUACGGAUGUAUCCUUUCAAACAUCACCAUCACAUCAACCACACUACCGAAAGUACUUUUUAAGGAUCUGUUACAUGCAAUCCUCUCCCAUGCAAUAAUAAAAAGAAACUUCCCGAAAGAAAAGCGGAUAAGCCUAUGAACGAAUGCUCUCAAACUUUGAGGCUCAAUCCUUUUUAUGUAAAUACAAUCAAAACCAUCAAACUUACUCAUCGAAACUAAAUUGUAUUAUAGAAAUUCAGCGCAAAAGAAGGUCACCGGAAUGAUUGUGUGAGACAGCGAGUGUGAACCUUCCAAAACAAGGUUUUUAGUUGAUAGGAAAAAGCACAAGACUGUAUUUAUUAGAAA